CCCGGCUAGCUUCCCCCAUCUUUUUGCGUCGUCGCCUUUUUCCUUCUUCCUUCCCUCAGUCCCUCCCUUUCUCGCUCUGUCGCUCUUCUCUUUUGGGAACCUGCCUAUCAUCCCAAAUCCCACCCGCCCCCUCCUCGUUUUGGGAGUUUUUUUUUUUAAUUAGCGUUUAUUUUUUUCUCCUCGGCCGCCGUCGCCACUGCUGCAUAGCUGGUGUCGGUGCCGCGCUUUUCCCCCCCACGUCCUCCCCGCAGCCUAUGGCCCAGGCCGCCUCGGGUAUUUCUGCUCUAGGUAACCACAUCCCUCUUUAAAAAUUCCGCCUAAAAAGAGAAGACGCUUUACCCGACUCUUUGGGCCGUUAUCUCACGGCGAACUUUCUGACCAGGUAUACAACUAUCCAGAGGGCCUAGGAGAAGUGCUGUAUAGAGAGCAGUUCGACUUCAACGCUGAGCCACCUUGGGAACCUAGCUGAUGAUAGGAGGGUUCCAUCUCCUAACUUGUCCAUUUUGUUGCAUAUUCUAAGGACCCAAACGUAAGGCUUGGUGGCCCAUCUCCUUGUUUUUCCUGGUUUAUGACUUUCGGCUUUGUGGAAUACGGCUGAGAUGAAAGGAUUUAUUGAAGAUGCAAACUACUCUGUUGGCCUGUUGGAGGAAGGAACACAUCUUGGAAAUGUUAUUGAUAACUAUGUAUAUGAACAUACCCUAACAGGAAAAAAUGCAUUUUUUGUUGGAGAUCUUGGGAAAAUUGUAAAGAAACACAGUCAGUGGCAGAAUGUUGUGGCUCAAAUAAAGCCAUUCUACACAGUAAAAUGUAAUUCGGCUCCAGCUGUUCUAGAAAUUUUAGCAGCUCUUGGAACUGGAUUUGCAUGUUCCAGCAAAAAUGAAAUGGCAUUGGUGCAAGAAUUGGGUGUUUCUCCUGAAAACAUCAUUGAUAUAAGUCCAUGUAAGCAAUCUUCUCAGAUAAAGUAUGCAGCAAAAACUGGGGUUAACAUCAUGUCAUGUGACAAUGAAAUUGAAUUGAAGAAAAUUGCACGUAAUCAUCCAAAUGCUAAGCUCUUACUACACAUCGCAACAGAAGAUAUUAGUGGAGAUGAAGAGAGUAACAUGAAGUUUGGCACCACACUGAAGAAUUGUAGGCACCUCUUGGAAUGUGCUAAGGAACUUGACGUCCAAAUAGUUGGUGUUAAGUUUCAUGUUUCAAGCUCUUGCAAAGAACCUCAAGUAUAUAUUCAUGCUUUAUCUGAUGCUCGAUGUGUAUUUGACAUGGCUGGAGAAUUUGGCUUUAAAAUGACCAUAUUGGACAUUGGCGGAGGCUUCACGGGUAGUGAAUUUCAGUUACAAGAGGUUAAUCAUGUCAUCAGCCCAUUGUUGGAUGUCUACUUUCCUGAAGGAUCUGGCAUUAAGGUCAUUUCAGAACCUGGAAGCUACUAUGUAUCUUCUGCAUUCACUUUAGCAGUUAAUAUCAUUGCAAAGAAAGUUGUUGAAAAUGAUGUUUCCUCUGGAGUAGGAAAAACCGGGAGUAAUGAACCAGCCUUUAUGUAUUACAUGAAUGAUGGUGUUUAUGGUUCUUUUGCAAGCAAAUUGUCUGAGAACUUGAAUACCAUCCCAGAGGUUCACAAGAAAUACAAGAAAGAUGCGCCUCUGUUUACAAGCAGCCUUUGGGGUCCAUCCUGUGAUGAGCUUGAUCAAAUUGUGGAAAACUGUCUUCUUCCUGAGCUGAAUGUGGGAGAUUGGCUGAUCUUUGAUAAUAUGGGAGCAGAUACUCUCCAUGAGCCAUCUGCUUUUAAUGAUUUUCAGAGGCCAACUAUUUAUUACAUGAUGUCAUUCAGUGAUUGGUAUGAGAUGCAAGAUGCUGGAAUUACUUCAGACACAAUGAUGAAGAACUUCUUCUUUGUGCCUUCUUGCAUUCAGCUGAGCCAAGAUGACAGUAGCUUUUCCACUGAAGCUUAAAAACAGGCAUUAACGCUUCCUUUUAGACCUGAAGUUGCAAGUUAAGCUUGUCUGGUCAACAUUCCAGUGUGGAAGAAAAAUUGAACAAUCUUAACUAUUCACUCUCCAAAACUUGAAAGAAAUUAGUAAUAAUAGCUAAUUGGGACCAGGCAAAACCAGCUUACAACUACAAUUCUUUGGGGUGAGGUGGGAAUUAGAUAAUGUGUCCAGAUUUAAACUUACCAGUUGUCCAACCCCUAAGCGUUUAAAAUAAAAUAUGCAACAAAAUGGAUGACUUAGUGGAGAUGGAAGCCCAUCACUUGGGUUCCCCAUUAUAAACCGUUUACAUACAAGUACACAGUUUUUAUACUAAGGAUUCCUGUUAGAAAGUCUUGUAAAGUUAUUGUCUUUCGCCCAGAUAUAUCAAAUGUCAGUGGAAGACCAGUGUGACAUCAUUUAGAUAUGUUUAGUGUAUUUAGAAUGUGUAAAUUUGUGCUUUGAACUGUAGUUUAAUAAAUGUAAAAUUGCAUCAUAGUAUUUGUUGUAUUUGACCUGACGUAACCCUUGUAUGAUUGCAAUAAAAUUUUGUGUAGAUUUUACUGUUUUUUCAGGCUAAAACUUUGGGAAAGGGGCUAGUUAGCAAAGGUAGUUUUGAAAUAGAUGUGUAUAUGACUGUUUUGAAAGUUAUUUUUCUUUAGCCCAUUAUUUCAAGUUUAGUUUGGCAGUACUUUUAAUUUUUCAAUUAUUUAAGUUUUCAAUAAUUUAAGUAAAAUAAGUUUGAUAAAUCAUUGUGAAUUUCAUAUUCUUUACUGGAAAGUUGACAUGUAGUUUGCAAUGUUUAUUAAGCAUAGUAUGUUUCUUUUAACAGUUCUAACACCAAAAAUGUUAAACCUGCAAGCCCAACAGUAAUAAAUAGAUAUUUGUAUAUAGAUACAAUGCAUGUAGUACCUUAGAUAUACAAAUUACAAGUGUUAUUGGCUGAGAUGGUAAUUUAUGCUAAAUAAUUAACAGUGUGUGUGGGGGGGAUAAAUUGCAAGUAGUUAUUAUGCAUAUCAGUAAAAAGAAGGGCUAUAUCCAUCUUAAAACCUUGAUGCUCUUUUGCACUGGAUAUUUAAAUUUUUUAAUUGCA